AUGAAUUUCAAAUCUGUUCUGCUGCCAACACUGCAGGCCAAUGCGGUGAUUGCCUUGACUACUCUGUCUGGGGUUGCCCUUGGUCGAUUGGGAUUUCUGACACCUCCCAUUCAGAAGAGCCUGGCCAAGAUCAGCUACUGGCUUCUGACACCCGCGCUCAUUUUCAGCAAGAUCGCAAGUACGGUCGACGUCGAUCAAUUCGUCAGCUUAUGGCCGAUCCCAGCCCUCUUCCUUUUCAGCUCGGUUGUUUCGUACUUCCUUGCCAUCAUUGGUGUGCGUUUCCUCCGCGGAGACAUACAGAGCAACCGAUUCAUGAUCGCUGCAAUUGUCUUCACCAACACGGUGACCAUGCCCGUGCCGGUCAUUAUCGCGUUGACGCCGAUGACACCAAUUCUAUUUCGGCACGCCGGGUCCGCAGGAGAGGCUGUUGCGAAUGGUAUCUCUAUGGCCUUAUUCUUCACGGUUUUCUCUCACAUCUUUCGCUGGAGCAUCGGAUACAAGCUCUUGGACGCCCCCGCUAUGAAUGAGCUUACCAAGGAACAGGCCGGCAAAGGUUCCCUCACCGCUGAUGGUCACGAAUUAGAUUCUUCCGCCGUCACCAUCGAAAUGCCUCCGUCCAUCGUGAACGUCCGCAGUUCAAACGUCGCACGCACCACACAGCACGCCCCCGCUGUACCCGUCAAAGCCGAAUGCAGACCGCCGGGGAUCUACGCGGCGGUAUCAUCCCUUUCGUUGCAGGCCGUCGCUGCUCGUCGAUUAGCAUCGUUGCACUCAUCGGGCGGGCUUCCCCGAGUCUACGAUAUGAAGGGAAAUACGGUUCGUCGGGCUAGCAUUGGAACGUAUUUUCCUGAAUACGUGGGAAAGGACCAACAUGUGGAAUUGAAACCUAUGGCGCAUGAACAUCGACGAAUUUUGCAAGGAGAGGAAUGCGCUCCAAACCGGUGGAGCGAUCGCUCAAGCAACGUAACGGCUGCAACGCCGGGCUCGGAAUGCAUUGCCUGUGACGAUAGUGCCGCCGGAAAAGAACAUACUUACUUCGACCGAGUUCGGAGUGUCAUAACGAGUAUCAUCAAUCCACCUUUCGCGUCAGCUCUAGUAUCGCUCUGCAUUGGGCUUAUCCCGACCCUUUCUUCCGUCUUCUUCACGGGUCCUGUACGCUUUGUCGGAAUCUCUCUCACGUCAAUAGGGGAUGCCUCCAUCCCGUUCCAAUUGAUUCAGCUUGGUGGUCGGCUUCAGCGAGGUCCAACCCGCGACCACACGACAACCAUGCCCGCCUGUGCAAUAGCAUAUGUGGCCUUCUGCCGCCAAGUGAUGGGUCCUUGCAUAGGUCUCGCAUUCUUGGCUCUGCUUAAGACCGCUGGGUACACCCCGAAGGAUCCAAUGCUAGCGUUUGUGCUGCUUCUUGAAGCCAGCACCCCGCCAGCUCUCAACCUAGGCGUGAUUGCAGAGCUUCACGGCAAAGGUGAACGAGACAUGGCCAAUCUCCUUUUCUGGACAUACAUCGUGGCCAUACCGGGCGCCGCGUUUUCGGUCGUCAGUUUCCUGCUUUUGCUUCCAAACUUUGUAUCUCCGCGCUGA